AUGAAGCCCGCUACGGAAACCUCCAAGAGGUUGAUGAAUUUGCUAUACGAUCAAACAGCAUCCAAGCUACAGCUACCAGAAGUGAUGCCGCAGGUUUACUCGAAACUGCUGCUAUACCUUGACCUUGACAAGGACGAAGAUGGCUCAACAAGUCCCUCCAACGGCGACGACUCCUGGCUUGAGUUUUAUCAUCUGUCCCAGCUGAGAAAGAUCCCGGCACGAGACGCGUUGCUCAAGUGCUCGCCCAAAUUCCAAUCCAAUAUCAUGUCCUUCCAAUGCCCCAACCUGUAUAUAACCAAGAACGACUUCCAGAAUAUGCUCCCGCGCAAACGGUACCAAACUUAUAAUCUAAACCCCGUUGACGAUUUCGAGGUGAUCAAGAAACGCGAUGAUAACAUGCUAUCUUUCCAGAAUGAAUAUUUAUUCAUUUUCAAGAACCAAUUGAGUGCAUGUGUGUAUCAACUAGAGACUCAAAACAAGCUCCUCAAUGGAAUGCCGAUGAAUUUGAACUUUGAGCCAAUCGAAGUCAUCACUAGACACCUUUUACCCAAGAAACUACAACAACAACCGAACCAUUCUCGAUUAGUUGAUGAGAUCAUUUUCCUAAAUUCGUCAAUUGUUCCCCUUGACCGCUUGGAAGAGCAGUUCCUGAACUAUGACCUCUUGAUGGAUAUGCUUCGACUUCCGGAGCAACGCCGGUCCCUUUUGGUGCACAAUUGGCCAUUCGGGGUCAAAUUGAGCACAAUCAAGCAGUAUUUUAGAAACUUUGGGCUAGACCCUGUUCAUCCUCGCACUGUGAUAGAGUCAAACAUUGCCCGAGAGACAAAUAUCAUUUUACUACACUUCAACAAAGAAACAGAUGCGCUCAGAUUUAUGAGGAACUUCCAUGGCAGAGAUUGGCUGAUGUUGCAAGAGUUUUCAAGUACAAGGGAGAAGGUGUUUUACCAACCAUUACUUUGUGAGACAUUAUAG